AUGAGGAACAUGUCUAACAUGCCGUCCAACCAAAACAACAAUAGUCAAUGCAACAGUCAGCAAAAUGGUCAACAGUACAAUAGCAUUCAACAUCAACAACAGUAUAUCGACUCUCAACAGCUGUAUAUGCAAUACCAACAUCACAUAAAUACCUAUGGCAUAUCUCCUCACAUUCCUCCGGGAUAUCCAGUACCCCUGGAUCCUGUUCAGUACCACUAUCACAUGCCUCAGAUAGCGCUGAAGAUUAAUCCAAACAUCGCACAUCCUGUGGCUCAGGUCCAAAACUCACCCUCCUGGAACCAACAACCCCCUUACAAUCUUAGUUCAAGUCCAAUACAACAACAGCAUUUGUAUUUAUCGCCACAAAGUAAAAAUUAUGUGCAGUACGAAAAUGGUGCCUACAAAAUUCAAUAUCGCAACCAACACGACCCAUCGGCAUCUAUACAACCUUAUCAUUCGCCUAAUAUGCAGAAACAGGAAAUUAAUGGGGAUCGUGAACAAAUUAAUCCAAGGAUAGUUGGUUAUGAUUAUAGAAACAAUGUUUGUAAAUAUAGGCAAGGAAUGGGUGAAAGGAAUGUAGAGAUGCAACGGUAUCAGUACGAGCAACAGAAAAGAAGCUCCCAAGGGAGUAACGUUCCUAUUGAGACGUUCGUCAGUAUUGAGCGUGAACUUGCCAAUGAAAGAUCUAAGCUCAGGGAAUGCAUUUUCGAAGAUUGUCGUCUUGUUUUUGGGGAAAUACAAAAGCUUCAAUCCCCAUUUACACUUUACGACGUAAAUGGCACUAAGUUUUACUCUAUUAGGGACGUUUUGGCCCACUUGCUACCCUAUCACCUGUACAGCUUUGACUUUUAUAAUCUAUCACAACCAUAUCCUCAUGAUACUGAAAUAAAGGAUGAAAAUAUGGGCUCUGAAACUAAAUUCGACAAUAUAUGUUCGCGACAAAUUGAUGAUAUACGCAAUAAGCUGGAUAGUUUGUCUAAUGAUGAUGAUUUAACUACAGUUUGGCGUUGUUACAAAGCAAUUAUGAAAUCUAUAUCGAACCACAAUACCAAGUUGAACGAGACAAUCCAGAAUGGAAUUGAUGGUGAAAAUGAUCGUACUGAAACAAAUGCUAAUAUGCAGCAAUCUAUGUCUUAUGCACAAUGCAUGGGCUAUAUGCAAUAUACGGGUACCUCUUGGUCAGGCCAGCCACAUAACCCAGAACAACAGUACUGA